AUGGAUACGGACAGUGGUGAGGAAGGCAGGCGACACGACCUGGACAUGCUACUUCAACAGCACCGUGCGGCCGUCACGGCGUUCGGGCUGUCGUUGCAGAAGAACCAGGCGGCGCCAAAGCAUCACACGAUAGAGAGUAUACUAGGACUUCGCCCCGGCGGGUCCGAGAACCAGGGGACGGAGAGUAGUGGCGAGAACAGCUGCAACUCCUCGGACGCGCCUCUCACAGUCAACACAGACCUAGACCGGAGGUAUCGCGAGGACAGUGACGACGACGGGGGCGGAGUCCUCGGGAACCCAGGAGACCAGGGGUCCGGAGUGUCCAGCAGCCGAGGGGGUGGAGCCCCCAUGUCACCGGACAAGAAGAAACAUCGGAGGAACCGUACGACGUUCACCACCUACCAGCUGCACGAGCUGGAGCGGGCCUUUGAGAAGUCUCACUACCCUGAUGUGUACAGCCGAGAGGAGUUAGCGAUGAAAGUCAAUCUGCCAGAGGUCCGAGUACAGGUUUGGUUCCAAAACCGACGGGCCAAAUGGAGACGGCAGGAGAAGAUGGAGGCAGCUCGUCUGGGGAUCAGCGAGUACCACCAGACGGUAGGGACCCUGGGACGUAUGGCAGGGACAUCCCUGGCUCUUCCGGUGGACCCAUGGCUGGCACCACCGCUGCUCAGCGCUCUGCCCGGGUUCCUGGCGCAUCCUCAGACCGGGUACCCCAGCUACCUCACGCCACCGUCUCUGCCCCCCUCCGCCGAGCCGCCGCCUGUCAAGCCGUCCACCCCCUCCCCGGACCCGCACCCACACUCCCAGGACCCCAGGUCGACCAGCAUCGCCGCCCUCAGGCUAAAGGCGAAGGAACACGUGGAGAGUAUCACCAAAGGACUGCAAAUGGUGUAAAGUGCGGUGCU